UCUAAUAGGAAGUUCCAUUGUUAAUGCAGUUUUGAUGUUCACGGUUCAUCGCUUUUUAAGAACUAUUUGUCCGAUGAAAUCUCCGCCCCGUCUUCUUGACACGAAUGGUCGGCGACGGCGGCAGCGACUAGUUGCAUGGCCAUGGUGCGAACUGAGAAGACCUUGUAGAAGCUCAGUCGCAUGUUCAAGCACGUCGUCUGGUUCAGGCUGCUUCUUCCCCAAUGCCUACAAGCGCAGUCAUGCGCCACUUUCGCGUGCACCGCCUUCACCAACGCCAACAUCGCCAAGAGCGGGAACUUUGGCUCGUUGGCCCAGUUGUGCACCACCGCCCGACUUGUCAAGCAGCUCCACGCCGUCCUCGUCAUCUCAGGUCACUCCAAGGACGUCCUCUGGUCGACCAAGCUGGUUAAUCUCUAUGCCAAUAAUGGAGAGUUGUCGUUUUCGCGCCUCACCUUUCGGAAUAUGCAUAAGAAGAAUGUGUUCUCUUGGAAUUCAAUAAUUUCUGCGUGUGUGAAGAAUGGGUUCUUUCUUGAAGCCAUGGAGAUCUUCUCCGAAAUGCUGCUGGAAGCAGUUCGUCCUGAUAGGUUCACGUUUCCGGUCUUAUUGAAGGCUGCUGCAGCUCUCUUGCUACUCAGGAAGGGCAGAAGCAUUCAUUGUUGGGUUGCGAAGUUGGGUGUUGAUUCGGAUGUUUAUGUGGCUUCUUCUCUGAUCAAUUUGUACGGGAAAUGUGGGGCUGCUUGGGACGCGCACAAAGUGUUUGAUAAAAUGUUUUACAGAGAUGUUGGCUCUUGGAAUUCCAUGAUUUCUGGGUUUUGUCAGAAUGGCCUUGCUUCCGAGGCUGUUGUUGUCUUCGAACAGAUGAUCAUAAGGAACAAGCCUCUGGAUUCUAUUACAGUAGCUAGCAUACUUCCGGCGAUUGCACCUCUUGGAUAUCUUGUCAAGGGCAGAUUAAUCCAUGUUUACGUCAUUAAACACGGGUUAGAUUUUGAUACUUUUGUUUCAAAUGCUUUGAUUGAUAUGUACGCGAAGUCAGGCUGCAUCCUCGAUGCACGACGAGUGUUUGAUGAGCUGCGAACGAAAGAUUUGGUGUCGUGGAACGCAGUAAUUGCUGCUUAUGAGCAGGAGGGCGACCCUGUUUCAGCUAUCCAGUUCUUGUACGAGAUGAAAGCUACAUCUUUUUCCCCCGACAUGCUAACGAUGGUAAGCCUGGCAUCAAUCUGUGCUCAACUAGGCGAUGGUCGAUUUGGUAGGUCGGUGCAUAAUUAUGUUGUCAGAAAAGAAUAUGGUUGCCUGACUUUUGUAAGUAAUGCUAUAGUUGACAUGUACGCAAAGUUGGGGAUGGUGGCUAAUGCGUCUCGUGUUUUUGAUAAUAUGAAUACCAAGGACGUGAUAUCAUGGAACAGCUUGAUCACGGGGAACACCCAAAAUGGACUUUCAAAUGAAGCAAUUGCAUUGUAUCACAAAAUGCAAGAAGAGGGAAUUCAAUUUGAUCAAGGAACAUUGGUCAGCAUUCUUCCAGCUUGCUCACAUUUGGGUGCAGUUAGGGAGGGAACUUGUAUUCAUUGUCAUUCCAUUAAAAUGGGUUUACACUCUGAUCUAUUCGUGACAACCUGCUUAAUUGAUAUGUAUGCAAAAUGCGGUAAGCUAGAAGAAUCUCUGCAUUUGUUUGAGGAAGUCCCCAAAAGAAGUUCAGUUCCAUGGAAUGCCAUCAUAUGUGGCCUUGGUAUUCACGGCCAUGGGGAGAAAAGUCUUGAUCUCUUCGAGGAAAUGCAGAAACAGGAAGUGGAGCCUGAUCAAGUCACUUUUGUUUCUCUUUUGUCUUCUUGCAGCCACGCUGGUUUGGUUGAUCAAGGCAAAAAAUUUUUCAACUUGAUGUAUUGUGAGUAUGGUAUUGUGCCUAACUUGAGGCACUAUGCUUGUAUGGUGGAUCUUCUUGGAAGAUCAGGGAAGUUGGAUCUCGCACAUGAUUUCAUAACGAAGAUGCCGAUAAAACCUGAUGCAAGUGUGUGGGGCGCUUUGCUUGGAGCAUGUAGAAUUCAUGGCAACUUGGAAUUGGGAAAAGUAGCUUCGGCUCAUGUGUUUGAACUUGAUCCAGAGAAUGUUGGUUACUAUGUUCUGAUGUCAAACAUGUAUGCAACAGAAAGGAGGUGGGAAGGUGUAAACAAUUUGAGGUCUCUGGCAAUAGAUAUGGGACUAAGAAAGACACCUGGAUGGAGCUCCAUUGAGGUGAACAACAAUGUUCAUGUUUUCUACACAGGAAACCGAAGUCACCCGCAGAUUGAAGGGAUCUAUGCAGAGAUGGCAUCAUUGUUGGGAAAGAUUAAGAGCAUAGGCUAUACUCCAGAUUUCAGCUGUGUCUUGCAAGAUGUGGAGGAAGAUGAGAAGGAGCAUAUCUUAUCGAGUCACAGUGAGCGGCUGGCCAUUGUUUUUGGGCUUAUUCAGACAAAGGCUCAAACUUCCCUUCAUAUUUUCAAGAACUUGAGGGUGUGUGGAGAUUGCCACAGUGCCACGAAGUUCAUCUCAACAGUAACACAGAGAGAGAUCAUUGUGAGAGACUCAAACCGUUUCCAUUGUUUCAAAGAGGGGACAUGCUCCUGUGGUGAUUAUUGGUAGUUCUGAAGGAAUGCCUUUGUAUUGGAUAUCUUUCUCCAUAUAAGAGUACGUGCUUGUCUUUCUUCAUAACUUGUGGGAUCGUUGUAUGCGUGAACCAUGACAUUAUGAGGCUGAAAAUUUGGACAUUGAAAUGGAACAUACUUUAGCUACCCAUGCUGCGGCAGUGCUACGGCCUUUUUAAAUUUAGCCUUGCAGGUGCAGUCUAUUCUUGUCUGGCAAAGUGAAACCUAUUUCUUGACAAAUGGUGCUAGAAAGAUGGAAGUCUCAUGCAUUUCACAGUGAGCCACCUGAUGGUAAAACUCUCUUCGAGAUUUGAUCACAUGGUGCUUGGUGCAUAUGUAGGCGGUGUAUUCUUGUCUGGCAAAGUGAAAUCUAUUUCUUGACAAAUGGUGCUAGAAAGAUGGAAGUCUCAUGCAUUUCACAGUGAGCCACCUGAUGAUAAACUUGAGAUGCUUGGAAUUGGUUUUGCAAGACAUGAGCACAUGAUCAUUUCCUUGGGUUGUGGCUUAUAUAGUAGAAAUCCAGUUUGUACUUGAGCGAAGGCAGAUUUUGUCCUCAGUUGGGUUUGGAUAUUAUAUUAUUAUUAGUGCGGUCAUAUGUGGAGUAGGAUUGACAUGGCUAUUGCGAUAUAAAGAACUAAGGAGGGAGUACACGCAUUGUCACAUGGGAGGGCAUGUUUGGGCAGCAAUAGAGGCAUCAAUUUACAAGCUAUAUUUUGGAGCGGCGCUAUAGAGAAUUAUCUGGAAUAGUAGUAUAUGUGCUAGAUUUUCAAAUUAGCCAGUCUUUGUUAUUGAUAUAUCAUUGCCACACAUAAUCUUGUUUCUGAAUGUAUGGAUAACUUGUUAUGAAGUUGCUUGUAUAUUCCAAAAGUAAUGUUGUCUCCUUAUGUGGAAGUUGUACUAAAAGUAACGGAAAAAUGA